AUGACCUCCUCCUGGUUCCCGUUCCUUUCCCAAUUCGACCUAUCGCCGUCGUCUAUAGCGACCUACUCUCUCGCUAUUGGACUACCCAUACUCUAUGUUCUAGCCAAAUCGUUCCUAGCCCCGUCAUCGCCCUCGCACAGCCAGGAAACAGAGGCUCAGGAUACGGCGAAGGAGACGCUCAAGAAGCCGUUGAAGCCUAUUAUGCAGCCCCCGAGCGAGAACUUGGCUCCUCCGAAGGACGACCCGUAUACGCCAGAGGAGCUGACCAAGUAUGACGGGAAGGAUGGGAGGCCCAUUUAUGUCGCGAUCAAGGGCACCAUCUUCGACGUUACUCGCAAAGCUGACGUCUAUGGACCCGGAAAGUCGUACUCCAUCUUCGCUGGCAAGGAUGGAAGCAAGGGGUUGGGGAUGUCCAGUCUCAAGGCAGAGCAUGCGAUUGCGGACUAUAGUGAUUUGGGCGAGACGGAGAGGAAGGUGCUGGAUGACUGGUAUGCGUUCUUCAGUAAGAGGUAUAACAUCAUUGGACGCGUGGUCCCUAGCUCGUCGUCGUGAUGUUGGACAAGCUGUGUAUUCGCGAGUCUAUCGUUGCAAUAUACCUGGUUUACGACUCCA